AGGGAAACUGUAUCAUUUUUCCAAAAAGGAAAAAAUAAAAAUAAAAAUUUGUAUCUUUUGCUCUAUUAUUGAUUUUCAUGACCAGGCCAACUCACCCCAUACGGCAAACCCUCUCCCUCUUCUCAGCUUUCUUCCCCGCCUAAUCUGCCGGUCUUCUUCUUCCUUUUUCUUCUGAUCGGGCUUGUCUUAUUCAUCCCCAGAUUUCGGUAUUUGUUCAAGCAUGUUAACCCAUGUACAUUAUCGUAGCGAUGCGUCGCAGAAAACCAAUGUGUGGAAGAUAGGCAAACCCAACAACAUGGACCUGCAGCAGUCCCAGCCUUCAGCCUGUGUGCUUCCAGUCAAUUUUAUGCUCUACAAGUGCUACGAAGUUGUUUGGUUUGACGAAGAGGAGGAUGAUGUUCCACAAAUCAUUCCGCAAUUGAAAACCCUUGUAACCCAAGAAACCAUUAAGGUCCCUCGUGGCACGCUGUUAUCUGAAAGUGGUACCAUGCUCAUGACUGAAAUUCUUUCCGGAAUGCAUGUCCCAGUAGAUGAGCAGCCAUCUAUUGUGGGAAAAGUACUUAAUGCGGUUGAAUCAACCCUCUGCAUGCUUCCUAUUGUUGUGGAAGUAGAGGAGGUGACUUUGCGAAUGAGCAGAAAUGUUAUUAAUCCAGAAGAUGUGAUUGAAAGGGUUACAAGGGAAUCCGUGGAAACACAUGAGGUGAAGCCUAUCCCUGCAACUAAAUCGUCCAUUGACAGUUUGUUGAAAGUGAGACUAGAUGGCUCUGAAAUCACGGAGAACUGUGUUAUUUGUAUGAAGAACUUUGAAGCUGGUGUUGAAGUUAUUUCCUUGCCCUGCUCACAUGUUUAUCAUGAAGCUUGCAUUGUUCAGUGGUUGGAAACCAGUCACUUGUGUCCCUUGUGCCGCUACCCGAUGCCUCAUGUGGAUUGAAGUGAAUAUUUAUUCUCCAUUCAAAGUACUGUAAUGGAAAUUCAACUAGCAGGAAACUUAUUGCGAAUCGCAGUAUAUACUAAUGUAGAAAGGGUCUAUUGGCACCAAAGUAAAAGUGGGAUUUUGGUAGA